CAGGCCCCAGCAGCUGGGGACGCCCUGCCAGGACAAGGCUUGGCCCGGCGCAGGCAGCACCAGCCCGGGGUCAGGAACCAGCCGCCGGGGCCAGCGAGGGAAGCCGGGGCAGGCGGGCAGGGCCCGGGCAGGCACCGCCGGGAAAGAGCUGCGGGAGCGAGCUGCCGGCAGCAUGUCGGGGGCAGAGGAGGUGUGCGUGGGGCCUGAGCAGGAGAUGCAGUGCCAACCCCCCGCCUGCUCUGCGGGCCCCUCCGAAGGCAGGGAAGCCAAGACCAAGAAGAGCCGCUCUUCCCGCUCCUCCCGGGCCGGGCUGCUCUUCCCCGUGAGCCGCAUCGACAGGCAGCUGCGCAGAGGCCUCUUUGCCCGGCACUUUUCAGCCAGGGCCCCCGUCUACCUGGCUGCGGUGCUGCAGUGGGUGACGCACAAGAUCGUGGAUGCGGCUGCUGCCGUUUGCAAGAAGAGCAAGCAGAAGCGCAUUUCUCCAUCCCACAUGCAGGCGGCGCUGCAAAGGUGCUCUGGGCUGCAGCAGCUCCUGCGAGGGACUGUGAGGCCCAGGGGCCGCAGCAGGGCCGUCCGCCAGGGAAAGCGCGAGGCCUCACCCUCCAGGAAGAAGACCACCAAGAGGAAGAGCAAGAAGAGAUGCCCCGGGCGAAGGGCUGCGCAGAAGUUCCACUGAGCAGAAAGUAGAAGCUCUUGCCCCACACCGGCGAGGAGAGGGCUGCGACACCUGCAAGGAUCUUGCCCAACCCAGCUGUGCAGUCUGAGGGCACAAUAAAAGCUUUUGCACUGACGUGUGGGA